UUUGUAUUGAAUCAGGUGUAUGAAGCCUUUUGUUGUAUCUUACUUUCUUUGUUUCUGAUUGUCAUAAGUAACGAUUAAACGUUAAAUAUACAUUUACAAUAAACGCAUGUACGUGUACUUGAUAUAAGUACGUAUGAAAUAAAGACAAGAGUGAAUAAAAAGCGAUUUGUGUAAUGUCUCAAGCGUUUACGGCAGAUUCAUUUCAAAAUGCUUUAAAUAUUGUACAUUUGAAAUUGAUGUCGUGUGUACGAAUUUUUUCUAGAAAUUAGUAUACAAUUGAAAUUAACCUAAAAGUACAAGGAAAAUACAGGAGAGUUUUAAAUAUACAUUUUUGAUAAAGUAUACUGUUCAAGAUGACUGUCUUCAAAAUUUCCAGAUUUAUUCAACAUGUGAGAAACUCUUACGAAUGUUGUACAGAUAUGUAUACAAAAGGGUUUCUCAAGAUUUCAAUAAAACAAAAAUUCUUAAGAAGAUAUGCCUCAAAUGUAAAUACAACGCAACAUAAAGUUAAUCCUUGGUAUUCGUUCGUAAAAUGGGAAUGGAGCAUUCCUACUGGAGUUGGAAUAUCAUUGUUAGCAAUAUUGCAAUGGAGACAUUUGAAAAAGUAUCCACGUACAAGAGAAGACACCAAUAUAUAUGAGCCAAUCAAUGUUUUUGCGGUAAAAUGUUACUAUUAUCUGCCAUUAAGAAUAAUAAGUAGAAUAUGGGGCUGGAUAGCAAGUUUGGAAUUACCAGUUGUUUUGAGACCAACUUUAUAUGGAUUUUAUGCCAAGACUUUUGAUGCCAAUUUAGAUGAAAUUGAUUUGAGUCUAUCAGAUUUUCCAAGUCUUGUUGAUUUUUUUGUCAGACCUCUUAAACCUGAUGCAAGACCUAUUGAUUGUCAUACAAAUAUAGUUUCUCCAUCUGAUGGAACUGUAUUACAUUUUGGACCAGUAACAUCAUGUCGUGUGGAACAAGUGAAGGGUAUAACUUACAAUCUUAGACAUUUCUUAGGUGAUAUUCCCUCUGAUCAACCACAAAAAUUUACAAAAGAAGAUGACGAUACUUAUGUAAAAUCUCUUUUGAAAAAUCCAGUAAAUCAACUUUAUCAAUUAGUAGUUUAUUUAGCUCCAGGAGAUUAUCAUAGAUUUCAUAGUCCAACUGAUUGGGAAAUAGAGUUUCGCAGACACUUUCAAGGAAAACUGUUGAGUGUAAAUCCAAAAAUAGCCCAAUAUUUACCAAAUUUAUUCUCGUUAAACGAACGUGUGGUGUAUAUUGGAAAGUGGGCUGGCGGUUUUAUGGCAUACACUGCUGUUGGAGCCACGAAUGUGGGCUCCAUAAAAGUUUACUGUGAUAGAGAUCUACAAACAAAUACCAUUAAGUGGCCUGAAGCAAAACACUGGAAAGAUGCUAAUUUAGGUUGUGCACGUAUUAGUAAGGGAGAAUUAUUUGGUGAAUUUAGAAUGGGGUCUACUGUCGUGUUGUUAUUCGAAGGCCCAAAAGACUUCAAAUUUUGCAUAAAUGUUGGACAAACAAUAAAAAUGGGUCAAGCUUUUACCGAGUGUGCUGUUGAAACUAAAAAAAUACAACAUUCAUUGUGACAAUUAAUAACUCUUGUCGCGCUUGAUUGGAAAUACGUAUGGAGAAUAAAUACAUAACUCUUGGAAAAUAAUUCACCAAUCUUAUUCAUUAAUGAUGAAAUUUGUAAAAGAUUUAUCCUUGAUGAUAUUGUUGUUACUUUAAAUAUGACUUUGGCGUGAACACGAUUGCAACGAGUAAUAAAAUGCAAAUUUCAAAUAAACGACUAAAUUUUUUAAAAUUUGAAUGCUUUAAAAUUUUUAUAAAGUUUAUAAAUAUAAAGAAAGUAAAUGGAUCAUUAUAGAUAGUUAUCAUUUGAUGUUUGAAGAAUCGUAAUUAUUUUUAUCAGAAUUGUACAUAAGGACACAAUUAUCUAGCAUCUAAAGUUCAACGACCACCACUAUUAACUUGUAACAUUUGUCUGGCAUGAACAUCUGACUCCUAAUUAAGGUGAUUCUCUGUAAACAUGUGUCAAAAAUGUUAUCCUACAAUGUACAUUGAUUUGUGUGUGUAUAUCACUUAAUUUUUUAAACCUAAUAAGGAUAAUUUUGCAUAUGGACCUGAC